UAGUUGGAAAGUCAACCCAGCAAGGCUCAGUUCUAAAACUUGAGCUUGUCUCUCAAGAAGAGAACCCUAAGUUGAGCGAUUCCAGAAUCGAAGGAUAUAAGUGCUGAACUGAACCAUGGAUUAUCAGUCGAGCAUCUUCCAGGACAAUAAUCCUAUGGAGAAUCUGGAAAAACAGCUGAUCUGCCCUAUCUGCCUAGAGAUGUUCUCCAAGCCCGUGGUGAUCCUACCUUGCCAGCAUAACCUCUGUAGGAAAUGUGCUAAUGACGUCUUUCAGGCUGCAAAUCCAUACUGGCAAACAAGCCGAGGAACCACCAUAUCUGGAGGACGUUUCCGGUGUCCCUCUUGCCGACAUGAAGUCAUCCUGGACCGCCAUGGAGUCUACGGUCUCCAGAGGAAUCUGCUGGUAGAGAAUAUCAUCGAUAUCUAUAAACAGGAAUAUUCAAGCCGUCCCCUCAAGAAGGGAAACCACCCAAUGUGCAAAGAACACGAAGAUGAAAAGAUCAACAUCUAUUGCUUGACCUGUGAGGUUCCUACCUGCUCUAUGUGCAAAGUCUUUGGAGCACACAAAGAUUGUGAAGUGGCGCCUCUUCAAAGCGUCUUUCAGGGACAGAAGACUGAGCUAACCAACUGCAUCUCCAUGUUGGUAGCAGGGAAUGACAGGGUGCAGACGAUCAUCAGCCAGCUGGAGGACUUGUGCAAAACGACAGAGGAGAACAGUCAGGUGGCUAAGCAGUCCUUGUGUGAGAAGUUUGAAGCUCUCAUUGCUGUCCUUGAGGAGAAGAGGACGGGCCUCCUCCAGCGCAUCUCCAAGGAGCAGGAGGAGAAGGCCGGGUUCUUACAGAACCUCAUCCAACAGUAUAAAGAUCAACUGGAGAAGUCCAGCAAGCUGAUCGAGAGUGCCAUUCAGUCUAUGGAAGAAGAAGGAGGAGCUGCUUUUCUCAUGACCGCCAAGCAACUUAUUAAAACAAUCGUGGAUGCAUCAAAAGGUGGCCAGUUGGAGAAGGUCGAGACAGGCUUUGAAAACAUGGACUACUUCACCGUAGAUUUGGAAAGUAUCACAGAAGCCUUGAGAAGCAUCGACUUCGAGGCAGAUGAAGAUGAUGAUGAACUGAAUGAGGAAGACGAAACAGAAGAGGAGCAGCCAGUUGGGCAAACAGAUGGUACACAGUAACCAGGAAAGAACAUGAAAUUCCAAGGAGGAAGCAAGCAGAAUAACCGGCUCUGUAGGAUUUGGAUAGAGGAAGAGGAGGGAUGGGGUGGGGGAAACCCAAACUGGAUGCCCAUCAAGUAUACAGGGCAAAGCCCGGCUGAUGAAGGAUCGUUUGGGAUGUAGAAUUCGUGGCAAUGCAGGAAGGCAGAAACGCACAGAGACACUUUAUACACGGGUGCAACAUGGAACCUUUCAUACAUGUUAUAUAUUGUGAUUUCUUUUUGUACAUAAUUGUUCAGGACACUUGAUUAUUUUUUGGGGGGGGGGGCUGUUGUUAAAGAAAAUAUAAGAUUUUGUUCAUUAGGUUCACAUCAGAGCACACCCUUCCACCAACUGAAGGCAGUGGAUUCUGGGAAUGAGUUAAAAACCGUUUCCAUGAGCAGACAGGAGGUAGUCAAGCAAAAGUCGAUUUCGUUGUGCUUUUUAAUCUAUGAAAAAUACUGUCUGCGCCUCGAAGCAAAUGUAAAUGACGUUUGUUGGUUUUUCUUCUUUGUUGUAUAUAGUUACAUAAUAAAAUAAAUUUCCAUUUUA